AUGUGUUCAAAUAAUUUUCAAAAUUUUACCAAUUUAUUUAAUUAUGGAUGUUAUGGUAUGAACAACUAUACUGUUAAUUGUAAUAAUUUUGAAAACAUUAAUCAAAUAAAUCAAUAUAACAAUCUGUUAACAUCUAAAAAAAAUUCAUUGAAUGUAGGAACUCUUUCAAAUAAUUCAAUGUUAAAUACAUCAAAAAAGGUGCAAAAUAAUUUUAACCCGAAUUUAAAUAGUAAUUUUCUGGUUCCUAUUAGUUCAAAUUCUAAUAUAUCAUUAAAUUCAACUAUCCCUAGAAAUGAUUUUUUAAAUUAUGGUAUAAAUAAUAUUUUAAAUGAACCAUCAUUAAUAAAGCAAAAUGAAACAUUUUUAUAUCCAAAUCAUAAGUAUUAUUAUUUUGAUCAUAAUAUUCAUGUCCCUUAUUUUUCUACUGAAAUGUAUAAUAGAGUAAAUUUUGAAUCUAUUUGGAGUCAAAAAAUUGAUGGAAGUGAUUUACCAUGUGAUGAUAUAACAACAUUAAGAUUUUUUUAUAAUUUUGGAAUACAUAAAUUUAGAGAAAUACAUGGAAAAAAUAAUGAUAUAGAAAACUCUUCAUUUCAAUUUCCAUUAAUUAAUACUGACAUUAAAGUUGAACCCAAUCUUACUAAUUCAUCAAAAACUACUAAUAGAAUCAUGAUUAGUAAUACACCACCUGAUGAUAACAAAAAAUUAGGUUUACUUAAUUGUAAAGAAUUACAGAAACAUUUACAAACAAAUCAAAGGAUACAUUCAAAUUCACCGGUUGAAAAUCUUUCUUUUAAUCAUAAUCAACAACUACCAAAAUUAGAUAAUUAUGAACGCACUAAUACUCUUUCAAAUGAAGUCACAACAAAAUCAUUAAACUGCAAUAUUUUAUCUGAUAAUCAAAUAAUGCCACACCUUGAACCUCAAGUUUUUCUUAAUUCUUUUCCAUUAAAUGAUACAACAGACAGUGAAAGUAAAACACCCUUAACAGACAUAGACAAUAUGAUCCCUAAUCUACAAUCUUUUAAUUCAUUAUCACCACCUAUUACUUUGAUUGACAAAAAAAAUUCAAAUUUAUCAAAACUUUGUAAUGACAUUACAAUAAAUUUUGAAUUUAAAUUUAAUAUUGAAAAAAAUAUUCAAAGUUAUUCUAAAGUUACUUCUGUAGCAAUUACCAAAAAAAAAGUUUAUUUUAUUGACAAUACUGUAGAUUAUAAUAAAGUGACAAUAAAUUUAACUUCUACCAAUGAAACUUUAAAAAUUAUAAAUAAUUCUAACGAAAAUCAAUUUUUUUACAACAAUGAAUUAAAAUUUGAACCGUUAGUUUGUAAAAAAUCUAUUAACAUCAAUAGUCAAACCAAAAAUACAAAUAAAAUUAUUCAAAUAAAAGAUUAUUCAAAAUAUAAUUUACAAUCUACAAUAUCUAAACCAACUAAACGCCGUCGAAAGAUUGAUUUUACUAAAGAUAACUCUGAAAAUAAUAACUCAAAUUGUACAGAAAAUUGUUUAUUUUCUAAAAAAAAAUUGGAUCUUUCUCCAUUGAAACGUUCUAAAUUUAUUAACUUUGAUCCAAAUAAUAUUAUAUCAAAAUAUAUUAAACAAUUAAAAAAUAAUAAUCCUUUAUAUGAUUCAGAUGUAAAUGAUUCUAAAAGUUUAAAUGUUAUUACAAUUUUUGUUGAACCAAAACUUCUUCAGGCUUUGGAAAGAUUAACAUUAUCAUAUUUUAAUGGAAAACAUUAUAUUAUUGAAAAAUAUAAUAAUACGCUUCAGAAUGCAAUUGAUAAAAUUGUAAGUCAAGAAUUGUCUGGUGAAACUUUGUCAUCUGAUAUGAAGAAUAAUAAUGAUUGUGGUGAAUCAUAUUCAUAUGAUAUAUUAGAAGAUAAUAAAAAGAUUCGUUAUAUAAUAAUAACACCAGAUAUUAAUAAUACUUUAAAUCAAGACACUGAAAAUAUAAGUAUAGAAGAAAAGAAAAAGUUUGAAGCUGAUGUCAUAAAAGAAGCAUUAAAAAAAUAUUUAAUUAAACCUGUUGAAAUAAAAAAAUUCCCAACACAAAAAGUAAAUAUUAAGGCAUAUGUUGCAACACCAUUUUUUAAUACCUAUUUACAUUAUAUUACAAAUGAAUAUUUAAAUCAAAUAGAACAAAAUUUUCAUACCUUAAAUUCAUUAUCAAAGAUUGUUGAUACUAAUAUUUCUUCAAAUUUAAACAAUUCACUCCAAUCACAAAUUUCAAAUAUUGUAAAUAGUGAUAUUUUAGAUGUUUCAAUGCCAAUAAAUUAUGACUCCAUAAAUAAUUUUACCAAUAAUAAUGAUAUCAAUAAGGCACAAAAUAUGGAGGAAAAUUUUCAAAGUAGCAAAAAAACUAUUGAACCAAAAUUAGGUAUUCCCAAUAUGUAUCAAUCUCCAAAUACAAAUAACACAUCAUCUCAAUUUUCACAAAAAUUUUUUAACAUACCAAUGAAUUCUCAAUCACUUUUUCAAAAUAAGGCAAAUUUUAAAAAUUUAUCAACAUUAUAUUUUAAUGAUUUUUUAAAAAAUUUUUCAAACCAACAACUGAUACAACAUAAAGAACAUCUUAAUUCAAUAAGGCAACUAUAUUCAAAAAUACUAAAUGGUAGAGAAGAAUAA